AUGGCGAACGUACGUGUUGGACUGAAGCAGGUUUCAAAUUCCAAUACAAGUCCAUCGCUCUCGGUCCUUCACACAAAGAAGGUCAACAGUGGCCAAGAUGCUUUUCCUAUAAAAGGAAGAUCUGAAGUUAAAAACAAGGAGAAUGCUGUCUCCACAGUCGACAAUAAGGAAAAUCAGGCAGUACAGGUGUCGGUUGAGGACCUUCUAUGCGAAGAUGUAACAUCGUCAUAUUGGCGCGGGAUGGCGGAGAGAUUCGAAAAGGAAAUCGAUUCCGAGUUGGAAACAAGCUUCAACACGUCGCUAGAAUUGGACAGAUCCUAUGAGGAUUUAGCUAAAUCCGAAAGUCGCCUGAAGAUACUGAUGGAGGUUUUGGAUGAUAUUAUCAGUGAUGAAAAACAUGACAAAGAAGAGGCUGGUGUUGAAUGA